AUGCCGAACGAUGAAGCGUCUAAUUACCAGCCACCUUAUAGAUUGGCACAAGAGCGGGAAUUUUAUAAAUACGUCCCGCGCGACCAUUCCGCAACACAUUACGCUCCUUUCGACAAUGCCAGCCAAAACGUUUUCAAACCGCAACCCUCCCGCGAUUCCGCCUUGACAUCCUUCGCGCAACUUGGUGCUACUCGUUUGGGAACCGAGCGCGCCUUGAUCUCCCUUUUUGAUAAAUCUCACCAACAUGUGGUUGCAGAAGCGACCCCGACCUUGAGUCUGAUCGGCGGACGCUUUCGAGAUGAUCGGGAGCGCCUUCGAUUGGGGUGCUGUGUGCUUCCUAAGGAGAGAGGAUUAUGUCACCAUGUGGAAUGGUUACCGUCCCCACAAUACACAGAACAAGAUGAAAUUGUGGGUGAGGACUCAUUAGUCGUUUUAGAUGUCAAAGAAAAUGAGCGUUUCAACUCCCCCGAUUUGCUUAAUGCGCUAUCCGACGUGCGAUUUUACGCGGCGGUGCCUCUUAUAAGCCCUCGAGGGUUCACGAUCGGGGCUUACAGCGUGAUGGAUAGUGAACCAAGGACAUCGACUCUGGAUCAGAAUCAUCUUCAAUUCAUGAUGGAUAUGGCUACGACAGUGAUGGAACAUUUGACAAGGGAGCACGCCAGCCAGAAAAAUCGACAGGCCGAGCGAAUGAUUGUUGGAUUGGGGAGCUUUGUCGAAGGUAGAUCUACCCUGCGCGAUUCAUGGCGCGAGGCAAACGCACAAUACGCUGCGUCAGAACAGUCCGGAGGGUCAACAGAGGGUCAGUUGAACAUCCAGCAACAGAAUCUGCAACAACAAGCCAAGGACCAGGCCGAAAAAAGUCUCGCCUUCCGGAACCAACCCAGGAAAUCCUCGAAUGGGUCCAGAUCGAGACCUGAGACCAGAGAGCAAGGGACAAAUCAUAUGCAACCGCCCAAGACGCAACCACUCAAGACACAACCGGACGAACCCGGGAACUCAGUGCGCAGCGUGCUUGCAGGCGAAAGUCUCCAAGAUGAUACUAUGUCAAACAGUGUCAAACAAGUUUUCUCGCGGGCAGCGAACCUGAUCCGAGAGUCGAUCGGGGCAGAGGGAGUGAUGUUUCUGGAUGCGAACAGUGAACGCUUUGGUAGUCUUGUCAAACCAAAUAGCCGCAAAGUUUCUGGGCCUGCGUCAAAAGAACCCGUAUCAAGCAGCGACGAGAGUACAGAUUCCGCAAGUUCCGUUAAACAACACAACACCGAUGGCGAGUCAGAGAACACGCUCGUGUCUGAAUGCCUGGGAUUUUCGAGCUCACGAAUAUCGAGCAUCGAUGAUGAGGCCAGGGCGGGUCAAUCAGUAGUGGUGCCGGAGCCACUGUUCAGUUCUUUGAUUCGACGGUAUCCCCGUGGGAAGAUCUUCACUUUCAACGCAAAUGGAGCAGUUUCAGAAGACAGUGAUAGCUCGCGGCACCAAUCCGAACAUAAUCCCAGAGCAAACACUGGAGGCACCCGUGCCGAGGAGCAGCACGCAGUUAGAAAAAAGCGACGGAAGCCAACUUUCCAACAAGACGCUAGUAACUUGAUCAAAAUCUUUGCGAACGCCAGGAACAUCCUUCUGCUGCCUAUCUGGGACUCCAAUAAUAGGAGGUGGUUUGCUGGAACGCUGGUCUGGACCAACGACCCGGAACAUAUCUUCACAUUUGAAAAUGAGCUUGUCUAUGUCUCCGCCUUUACCAACAGCAUUAUGGCCGAAAUUCGUCGAGUCGAUGUAGAGUUGGCCGAGAAGGCGAAGACAAACUUGGUAAGCAGUAUCACCCACGAGCUGAGAAAUCCAUUGCAUGGCAUUCUCGGCACUGCAGAUAUCCUGAGUGACACCGCCAUGAACGCACUUCAACAUGGUAUGGUCCACACAAUCGAGUCCUGCGGUCGAACUCUCCUGGAUACCAUCAACAACUUGCUCGAUCUUACAUUUAUCGAUAAGUAUCAAAAGAAAGUCCCACGCUCAGAGCGAAAGCGAGCAGAGAAGCAGACUUCAACGUCUGCAAAUUCUAAAGAUUCAUCCCCAGCGCAAACGAAGGAGCGCGGAGAGAGCCUUACAAACUCACACGUUGAGCUGGAUGCUGUGCUUGAGGAGGUUGCGGAGUGUGUGUUCGCUGGAUAUAGCUUUUACACCAAUCCACAGGCACCGCCUCCAGCCUUGACCGAUUCCUCAUCGCGGUCUGCUGGCCCAACAAGCCAAUGUGAUACUGUUGGCCCUCGCGCAAGUCAAGUCACUAUUAUAUUUGAUAUUCAACCGGAUACAGAAUGGGACUUUAAUACACACGCUGGCGCUUGGCGACGUAUUUUGAUGAACGUUUUUGGCAAUGCACUCAAAUACACCACUUCGGGAUACAUUUAUCUUGGCCUGAGCUCGUCGCAACGGGACAAAUCGAAACAUUUGCAAAGCCAGGAUGGCAACGAGUUCGAGGUCACUCUCACGGUCAAGGAUACCGGAAAGGGUAUUGGACCCAAAUACCUCCACGAUGGCUUAUUCACUCCAUUCUCGCAAGAAAACCCUCUUGCGCCUGGAAGCGGAUUAGGACUCAGCAUAGUUCGCCAAGCUGUUGGCUUCCUUGGCGGCUCCAUCGAAAUUGAAUCCACACAAGGUGUUGGAACUACCCUCACUAUCCGCACGCCACUGACCCGGGCUUCUGAACCAUCGGAUAUCUCAUCUUCCAGCGCCAUGUUCAGUUCUCUGCUGAAAUACACAGAAGGAAAAAAGGUUGGUUUCCUAGGAUUUGGGAAAUCUAUCCAAUCACAACGUGAUACAUCCCUGUACUCUUCCUUGGAGCGCUUGUGUCAGGAUUGGUUUGGGCUCGAAUCAACCAACGUAUCACCAACAGAGGGCCAGCAACAGGAGUAUGAUUUCUACCUAGCUGUGCAGACAGAACUGGACAGUGAAAGCACUGAGGGCAGGAACCUAUUCGGCAUUAGCCAGUACCUUGUCAACACCAAAGGGCGCGCUUCACCUGUCGUAGUAAUUUGCCAGUCACCCGAGGAAGCCCACAAAUUGUUUGUUUCAGCCAGAAAUCGCAACGAAACACUCUAUUUUGAAUUCAUAAGUCAACCAUGUGGACCUCGAAAAUUAGCUCGAGCUUUGGAUAUUUGCCUUCAACGGCAAGGUAGCGAUUAUACUGGUCGACAAAGCGCUGAGGAGCCGACUCGAUGGGUCGAAAUGCCUCAAUCUUCUCACUUACCAGUGGAUAUUGGCCCCAGCGAUCCGCCUGAAGAUCGAAUGAAAAUUAGCAAACGACCUACAGCAGAUACAAUGGGUAGCCCGGAUGGUGGAAGUGGAAAUGACCACUAUUUUUUCAAUGAAGAAACUUCCAUCGGAAACAAGGAGGACACUCCGCCACCACCCCAUGAUGAUCAUACAAAAACUCCAGAGCCACUUGUCUUACUGGUGGACGACAAUGAGCUCAACCUCCAGUUACUUCGUGCAUACACUAAAAAGGAUGGCCAUCAGUAUAUGACAGCCACGAACGGGGCAGAGGCGGUGGAUAUUUACAAGUCUCACCCCGGCAAGUUCCGGGUGGUCAUCAUCGACAUAUCGAUGCCCGUCAUGGAUGGCUUCGAAGCAUCGAGGCAGAUCCGUCGCUUAGAGCAGGAGCACCGGGAGAAGCUUGACUCAUCAGAGCAACAAGCACUUCCAAAAACAGUUAUUGCUGCAUUGACCGGACUUGACAGUGCCAAUGCUCAAAAGGAAGCUUUUGGUUCUGGCAUAGACACUUUCUUGAUCAAACCAGUGAAGCGGCCAGACUUGCAGGCGAUACUUAGCCGAAUGAAAGUAUGA